AUGCUGAGUAUGGUGCGGAAGAACCAAAUCAAAUACCUGAAUGCAUGGUGCAUCUUUCGUCCAGGUGAUCUCGUUUAUAGGGAAUUUCUUGGUUGUUCUCAACUUCUUAGAUGUGAAAAGACGGCAUAUGAAGAGUCUAAGCGCGAAGGUCCGUUCCUGGAAGUCCACUGCACCUAUACCGACCACGAUGGGAAAAUCGAAGGUGAAAGCAAGGCUGUUCUUAAGAUUUGGCAAAAGCUGAGCUUUGGUGCUGAAAAUCCAGCCAUCAUCACUGAUCUGCCCGUUUAUCCUCGCAAGUUUAUUCAAGAAGGCGAUAGCCUAGAGGCUCGACUUCGUGAACGUGGCCGGAAGUUCCUGGCACUUCGUGGGGUGCAAAUUCAAGAAUAUGACGGCCAGGCUCAGUUUUUGAAAGAGCCUGACUUUUCGUUCUUCCAUGUCGACAUGGCUGACUUUCCUGGAGUUUGGCUACCGUAUGCUGAACUUGGGCGGGUCAUUUUUGAUCGUAAGACAUUUCAGGAAGAUCAAUACUCAAAUGCACCUCAGGUCCACCCCUCGGAAGCCGAUCCGCUACUGUGCCCAGCAUUUGAAUUUGGAUUCUCACUCAGUCGCAAAGAGUGGGGACGGUUUCUUCUUGACUGCAUGCAUGAGGCUGAGUGGAAAGAAGAUGUAUGGAAGUCGUUGAUUAUUGGCGACCGGCAAAGGCUUGUACUUCAAUCUUUGGUCACGUCACACACUUUUCCGAAGAACGCACGCGAUCAGACACGACAGAAGGGACAAGGGCUCGUGAUUCUGUUGCAUGGCACACCAGGUUCUGGAAAGACGUUGACGGCAGAGACGGCAGCCGAGGGAACCAAGAAAGCGUUGAUGAUGACCUCCUUGGGCGAACUUAAUAAAUUUGACAGUCAGGUUAUGGUAUCUAACAAAGCCAGCGCGUGGUCCUUCGAAUAUCGUCUUAAGCUUCUACUGCGCUAUGCCACGAUGUGGAAGGCAGUAGUGUUGAUGGAUGAAGCUGAUGUAUUCCUCGAAGCGCGAGAUAGUGGUGAUAACACAGCCAGAAAUGCUCUUGUUGCUGUUUUCCUGAAAGAACUCGAAUAUUUCAGUGGCAUCGUCUUCCUCACGACCAAUCGAAUCACGUCCUUCGACCGAGCCAUGAAAUCUCGUAUUCAUCUUGCACUAGAAUAUACGCCUCCCGGGAUUGAGACUCGCCAGCGCUUGUGGAUGCAAAUUCUCAAGUCAAUUCCAGCCGAUGAGAUUGAUCUUGAUCCGGAGGAUGUGGUCGACAGUUUCGUGGCAUUUAAAUUAAACGGUCGAGAGAUUGCCAAUGCGAUUCAUACCGCGCGCACGAUUGCGCGAUUUGAGAAGAAGGCGCUUGUUCUGGAGCAUAUUGAUAUGGUCCUCGAGGUCUGGCGUGAAUUUGAUGAUAGUUUGAAGAAGACUGCGAAGAUAACCAGUCACUCUGGGGAUAAAAGCGCGCGGAUGCUGAUUGGACGCACGAACUCUAUCAUUGAGGAAGAUGCCCAUGAUUUCAGCUCAUAA